AUGGGAGUAUUUCACACCAUAUGUACGUUCCUGGGAAUAAUCGGAAAGAGAUUUCAGUAUGCUGGGUUGAAAGACAUUUGCAUAGAAUCCGGAGUCAUCACCGAGGGUUCCGUGUGUGGAGUUUUAGAAGGCCGGAGAUAUAACAGAGCUGUGAGGUUCCAUAAACUGAGAAUUGGUUGACAGAAAAUCAACAAAGUAAGAAGAGAGCAGUAGAUAACGCCGUUAAUGGACUUGCGAGUUUGUAUGACAAGAUUUGUAACACCGAGUUCCAAGACAAACUUAAAAGUCAAUCUUUCGUCGAGUUAACUGACCUUUACGACCAGUACAUGGACUAUCUUCGGCACAAGAACGGAAAUUUAUCACAGUUCUGGGUUUCCUACCUGGACAUGGUGGAGAUAUUGCUUGGACUGCUAAGAGCGUCAAGAGAGGGUGAUUGGAAGCUCCAUUUGUCAUGCGUAAGGAACAUGGUACCGUGGUGUUUCGCAUACGACAAUAUUAACUAUGCCAGGUAUUUCUUAGCAAAUGUGUUUGUAUGUGUACAAAGCUAAUAAGAAAAUGAAUUAGUUUGGAAAUAGUAGGUUCAAAGAAGUUAUGUCACAAUGGUUUUGUAUUACUUUACACCCCUAAGAACAAAUUAGAAUCGCAGAAAACCCUAAAGUAACGGUUCAGUUCCAUCGGCUAAAAUUACUCUACUUGCAUACCUCGACUGCAAGCCUAUGUCUUUGGCUUUAUUGUUCUCUCCUUGAUAAAAUCAUUCAAUAUCUUUUUUUAGAGUUUUAAGAAUGACAAGAUAUGAUGGACGACAGUUAAAAUUUCGGAUCAGCUUUGACCAAAGACCUGUGGAACCAUGACAUGGCUCCUAGAAGAAUUCGAUCCCUGGCACACUUCCAUUGAUUUAUUACCCUAGCUGCCGAAUUAUAAACGAAAAAAAACAAAACACAAAUACUUAAAAUAAUUGCAUUUUAUUACAGGUAUCUUUCGUCGUAUUUGUCAGACAUGGCGCAUCUCGAAAACGACUAUCCCAGUGUUCUCGAGUAUUUGGAGUCAGGUGGAUUUGCCGUGCAGAUAGGAGAAAGUAACCCUUUCGGAAAAAUACCUGUGGAUCAAGCUUGCGAAGAAACCGUCAACAGAGACACGAAAACUCCGGGAGGCACAAAAGGAUUCAGUCUAAAACCCCAGGCUGUGAGCAAGUAUUACUUAGUAGCUGAGUACAGAAGCAUUUUUAUGCGCAACUUAAAGGACAUGCUUCAACUAAAUACAUCAAGCUGCCUACACAAUGACCUCCAGAAGACCAGGAUCUCCAGAGACGAAAGUGAUGUGAAGUCAUUGCUAUCAACAUUGGAUAGUUGGAUAAAUCCAUUUGCAAUCGAAAAACAAGAUCUUGUUUGUUUAUCCACCGGAAAGAUGGCAACCGAACAAAUCGAAAAAGAUCUUCUCGAGGCUCACGAUAUUGGUGAGAGAGCUUACCGCUGCUUCAGUCAGCAGAGACUAGAAUCGAAUCCAGCAAAGGAGAAGUUUUUCGACGCAAUGAAAAAGGUAAAUCUCAAGACCUUCGCUCACCUAAGCAAGAAAAUGGAAGUCCAAAAGGGAACUACAAACGAAAUCAUAGUGAGAGCGGACAGAAGAUUGUUUGCACAGGUGAUCGUAAUAGCUGAAACAAGAAAGCUUACUAUGAGUUCAGUGCUGUCUCAUCCUCUGGGGCCUCUUCCCUGGGCACUAGCCUCUCCUGAUGGUUCGUUAAGAAAGACUAACAAGAGUACAUUAGCAAAAGAACUCCAGAAAGAUAUACCAUCGGUUGAAGCCAUCCCAAACCCAUCCGCGUGCAUCAUUGAUGGCAUGUCCAUGGUCCAAAGGCUCAAAGGAGACCAUAAGACAUUUGCUGAAAUAGCAGAUGUUUUGAUGUCUAUGAUCCUGCGAGAAGGUGCAACGAGUAAGCGUAUUGACGUCGUCUUCGAUGUUUAUAGAGAAACGUCGAUAAAGAACACAGAGAGAGAGAAGAGAGGGGGAUACACGGGAAUCGAGUACAGAAAUAUACAGCCAGAUCACAGAAUACAACAAUGGAGGAAGUUCUUAUCGAACCCUCAGAACAAGAAGCAGUUGGUUAGAGUUGUCACUGAAGAAUGGCAGAAAGAGAGGUUCAGGCAAAGACUAACAGGGAGACACCUUUUCACCAUGACCGAGGAAAGUUGUGUUGAGAUUUCAGCAGAUAAUUUCAGACCAAGAGAAGAUCUGACGUCAACUCAAGAGGAAGCAGACACUAGACUUCUUCUUCAUGCAUCUCAUGCAGCAAGGAAUGGUUUCAAGGCUAUUGUUAUAUCAUCAGAAGAUACCGACGUAUUUGUACUUUGCCUGGCAUUUAAGGACUUUGUUCCAGCUACCAUGUAUUUGAAAUGCGGUACACAGACUCGAACAAGGUUUGUCAGCAUUACAAAUGUCUUCGAACGUCAUGGUUCUAGGAUUUGCAAAUGUCUUCCUGGUCUGCAUGCUUUCACUGGAUGUGAUAGCGUCAGCGCAUUUUCUGGAAAAGGAAAACUGACGGCGUUAAAGUUAGUAAAGCGACGUCCUGCAUACCAAGAGUUAUUCCAACAGCUUGGCGUGGAAUGGGAAUUAUCGAAUGAGCUAUUUGUGCGUCUCCAAGAGUUUACGUGCGUGAUGUACUCUUCAAAUCCUGGAACUAAGGAUGUUAACGUGUUGCGUUACCGUCUCUUCUGCGCCAGGAAAGGAGAGUUAGAGUCGCACCAGCUUCCUCCAUGCCAGGACACGUUACGAAAGCAUUGUGAGAGAGCAAACUAUCAGUCAGCAAUAUGGCGCAGGAGUCUUCAAUGUUCACCCCAAAUCCCCUCGCCCAUUGGUUCUGGAUGGUGUCUAAAGGAUGGUAAGUUGACUAUUGACUGGAUGAAUGGGGAACCGGCACCCAAGGUUGUGCUUGAGCUCCUAUCCUGCCAGUGUAAGAGAGUAUGCCAGUUGCCAAGCUGUACCUGUCUCGCUAACGGAUUGCAUUGUACUGACAUGUGUCGGUUACAGGAGUGUACAAACCAGCCUGAGGAAGCUGCAGAGGAUUUAACUACAGAUGACUCUGAUAUUGAAUGUGAAGAUGAUUAA